AUGACUUCUCCACGUGUCGUCGACGAGGACGCGUAUACUGAGGGACUUGCUACCGUGGUUCAGCAGCGGUUCUUUCCCGACCUUCCUCGGCUCCGUUCAGAGGCUAUCGGGCUCGAAGCAGUGGACCCUGAUUCUUCAACAAGGGAGAUCGACACCAUGGAUUCUGUCCCGUCGAUCAUGACGUACCAGUCGCAAGUGACGUCAGAAGACAAUGCGUCUUUUGCAGAUCUAAUGCGGGAGGAACGCGCACAGAAAGAGGCAAGACGCGAAGCAUUGAAACCGCGUCCACGUGAGUGGAAGAGGACACGACCAGCCUCUAUUGUCUGGAGAGCUCCUAGCGCAGAGAUCUGCACCUGGACUGACGACUCCAGUGCUGCCCUAAAGCAGGGAACAGCACAGUUGGCUUUGCCGAUGCCACGUGGAUCAAAACAAGUUCGUGCUACCGCUGACGUAGUGCCGCACGCGACCCGAUUCACCCCUGAAAUGGCGGCGAACCCCACCUCGAUUAUUGGUCUCUCCACAAACUCUAAUUCGCAACAUUCUGGUCCCGCGGUAGAUUAUGAACGCGGUACUGUUAAUGGCUACACUCUUCUUGGCGCAAACGAGAUUGACGCUUCUCGUAGGUUGUCCUCGAGCUUUCGUGUUCCGGACACACCCCGUCGAGAGCUCUUACUUCGUCAGCAUGUCGAUCGAACACCCAAAUCAGUUGCUCGGACGCCAUCAACAUUGCUUCUGAGCACGCGUGGCUCACGCUUGACAGGACGGACACGAGUCAUUGACACUCCUAAGUUUUCCUGGACACCGAGUGCUAAUGCUCGUACUCCUAAACCUCCUCGCACGCCUCGUCAACUUUAA